AUGUUCGGAAAAGACGCAGCCCAAGCCAUCGAUUUGGAGGCGAAACCUGCUAUGAUGUCGCUUGUGAACGUCGAAUACGUUGCCUAUGCCAUAAACUAUAUCUCGACACUCUGCGCCGACAAACUCCUAGCCGUGAUAUCAUGGUCGCAAGACGACCUAAGCACCCAAUGGGCACUGAAAUACUGGCCCUCGACACGAGCCGUGGUGAAAGACUUCAUUGCCAUAAGCACAGUUUUCCACGGGACGGUGGUCCGGUUGCUCGUCUGCCCAUCGCUGGAUCUGGUGCUAUGCACACCGUCGCUGUGGCAGCAGGGCUGGAACACGGAGUACAUCCGCACGCUGCGCGGCGACGGCGGCGACGCAGCCUACGUGCCCACGACGACGGUGUACUCGACCUUUGACGAAAUCGGCCAGCCAAUGUCUGGACCCAAUGCAUCUGCUAUUCUGGGUGAUGUGCGCCGCGUCGGCGUGACGAAUGUCAUCUCUAGCCUGUCUGCAGGUGCUCACGCUGGCGCUGGAUUUGAAGGAUCUGUUGGUACUGAGAGUUUGUUGCUGAUUGCCGUGGCCGGGUUGGUGCUCUACAAGCCUCAGGCGCUGGGGGCACCUCCUAACAUGGAUUACGCGUCUUUGGAGUGA